AAGAAGAGCGUCGCGGGAAUCAGUCUUCAUUCCAGAUGUGCAGCACCAUGAGGGCCCUGGUGCCUCUGUUGUCCCUGUUCCUGCUGGGUGGCCAGGCCCAGCAUGGGUCUGACUGGACCUACUCAGAAGGAGCACUGGACGAAGCGCACUGGCCACAGCACUACCCCGCCUGUGGGGGCCAGAGACAGUCGCCCAUCAACCUGCAGAGGACGAAGGUGCGGUACAACCCCGCCUUGAAGGGGCUCAAACUGACGGGCUAUGAGACCCAGGAGGGCGAGUUCCCCAUGGUCAACAAUGGCCACACAGUGCAGAUCAGCCUGCCCUCCACCAUGCGUAUGACAGCAGCCGACGGCACUGUGUACAUAGCCCAGCAGAUGCACUUUCACUGGGGAGGAGUGUCCUCGAAGAUCAGGGGCUCUGAGCACACCGUGGACGGGAUCAGACAUGUGAUCGAGAUUCACGUUGUUCACUACAAUUCUAAAUACAAGAGCUAUGAGAUAGCCCAAGAUGCGCCCGAUGGAUUGGCUGUACUGGCAGCCUUCGUUGAGGUGAAGGAUUACCCUGAAAACACUUACUACAGCAGCUUCAUUUCUCAUCUGGCCAACAUCAAGUACCCAGGACGAAGAACAACCCUGACUGGCCUUGACAUUCGGGACAUGCUGCCCAAGAACCUCCAGCACUACUACAGCUACCACGGCUCACUUACCACGCCUCCCUGUACUGAGAACGUCCACUGGUUUGUGCUGGCGGAUUUUGUCAAGCUCUCCAGGACACAGGUUUGGAAGCUGGAGAAUUCCUUACUGGAUCACCACAACAAGACCAUCCAAAACGAUUACCGCAGGACCCAGCCCCUGAACCACAGAGUGGUGGAAUCCAACUUCCCGAAUCAGGAAUAUACUCUAGGCUCCGAAUUCCAGUUUUACCUACGUAAGAUUGAGGAAAUUCUUGAGUACUUAAGAAGAGCAUUGAACUGAGGAAAGCUAAGAGGAAUAUUCAAUAUUAACUAGCUUAAAGUCUGACCUAACCAGAAGAGGCACCUGUCCCCUGCAGCCACACCCUGCCCUGUCUAAGAAACCAUGUGUGUCUGGAACAGGCUGCUCCCCCUGGGGCAGCUGUUGAGCUUCUGAUUGAAAGAGGGGAAACUGUCAUCCUGGACAGGAAGUGAGAUGCUAUCAUCCUGGACAGGAAGUGAGGUGGCUUCAGUUCACGAGAAGGGAUCUGAGUUAGACAUCA